AUGCCAAGAAAGAAGAAAGUAGUAGAGGUGGAACGUGAUCAAGAGGAAGAGACUUCAACGAUGAUGGACAAAUCGGACGAUGAGAGUGUAGAGGCUUCUGCAGUUGAAGAGGCACCAAAUUUUAUAAUUGAUGAUUCCGAUGAAAUCAAACCAUUUACCAAUGAUUAUGAUGUUUUAAUUCAAUUUGAUUCUCUUGAAAAGUUGCCCGAAGAUGUGGUUUUUGAAAUUUUUACCUUUUUACCUGCUGUUCCCUAUUACUUUUCGUUACAACGAUUGAACAAGUAUUAUCAGAACAAGUUUAAAUUUGCGCUUUCCAAGAGCCAACAUUUAGAUUUAUCAUCUCUCCAAUUUGCUGACUGGAUGUAUGCUCGAGAUCCGAAACUUAAAAAUGUCUAUGACCUGAUUAGUAGCUGCAAAGACUCUUUAAAGUCGAUCAAGUUGCCAAGAUCCUAUCUCGAACAGGACGCUUGUAAAAAUCAAAUAAUGGCACCAUGCUCACAGUUGAACGAGAUCACAUUCAUAUUUCCAACACAAUAUUUUACAAGUCUGUUUAGCAAUCAAUAUAAUAGAGGUUACUAUUAUGCAGGUUCUUCGAACGACAUGCCAGAUCAGGAUAAAACUAACAGAAAUGUUUGGUCCAAGAGCCUAAAAGUGUUGAAUAUUCUCGGAUUGGAAAAGCCUAGAAAGAAUAGACGACAUGCAAACUACAAUUUUACUACCUCCACACUGAAGCACAUUUUAGAACGAUUUCCAGCACUAGAAGAAAUUAAUUUCAUAUUUUCUAGCUAUCAUGAGAAGGAUUUGAAAGCCCUAUUCCAACGUAUUAAGGAAGGCAGAGAGAAAUUGUUGAGAUUUAGGGACUUAAAAAUUAAAUCGGCAGUGCCCUAUAUUUCAGGUAAUUGGUAUGAGGAAGCCGCGGGUUAUAUUGACUUUGAGUUUAACCAAGAUUUAAAAAUCAACGUGAUUGGAAAUAUUGGUAGAUUGAACACUUUAGAUGCUGCGAAGACAUUGUGUGAAAAGUACAACAUUAAUCCGAAUACAGAAUUGUCAUUAACAUUUAGCAGCACUAAUUACUCGGGAACCUUGUUAGACCAAAUUAUAGGGAAAAAAGUGGCAUACAAGCAAAAGCAUCAAAUUAUUGCCUACCUUCUUCAACAAGGAAGUCAAUUAACCAAGCUGUCAUGCAAUUCUUGGUUGGGUUUACUCUCACAAAAGAACGGAAAGAUUGAGCAGUUAUUGGCCGAAAUUACAAAAUAUGCAAAAAAGCAUUACUCAGGCAAAAUGAUGACCAAGACAACAUUUGCUCUGCUCAUGCAAAUCUGUCAUAAGAAGCAGAUAUCCAUUGCAAGAUCUUUAGAGGUCAUGUACGAAAAUGGAUGGAGUGACUUGAAUGAUCCUGAUAAUGACUUUGUCUCUUCUGCCAUAUAUAAUAAGGAUGUUCUUGAAUUCAUGGUUGAAAAAGCUGGAUGUUCUUUAAGCAACUUGAAGGAUUGUCCUUACGGCUCAGCUCUCAUGGCUUGUUUUGAACAAAAUUUGAACUCCCUUCCAGUGGUGUUGAGCAAAGUACCUGAACAAUUGUCAGAAUUGGUCGGACCUGAUACCACUCCAAACCGCCUCACUGCUCUGGUGAAAGCCAUUCGAAAUAAUUCAACGAUCCCAGAUCUGGUAAUUCAAUAUAUUUUGGAAAAGUAUGCAGAUCAUAUUGACUUUGACAUGAUAUCCACAGAUACCAAAGACACUCUACUUCAUGAAAUGAUUAUUGCUCAAAGAACUGAAUGUACCAGAACUCUUUUAGAGGCGUUAAAAGAAAAGAAAAAGCUCGACGACAUUAUUAACAAGAAAAAUGCAAGCGGUGAGACACCAUUAUUUGUGGCAUGUAAAUUCCGAUUUAUUCAAUUGGCUGUUGACAUGGUCAAAUGCUAUGGAGCAGAUCCUGAUAUUAUGGAUGACAAUAUGGAAUAUCCUUACGAGAGAGCCAAGGCAUUUCCUUUUUUCGUUUCCAAUACCGGACUUUCUGUCUCUCAAUCCUUAAUUCCAAUUCCAGACGUGCUGAAACCAAGCAAACCAUUGUCAAAAGAAAAAAGACUUGCAAUGUCACUUAAAAAAGCUCAAAAGAGUGAAUCUACCGAACAAAAGAGUUCAGAGAAGGAAAUAGCAGAAGAGGAAGAAGAAGAGAUCAACAUGGUUGAAGAAGAUGAAGACGAAGAAAAGCCAAGAAGAUCAAAGAGAAAGUCAGCUCGAGCAAGAAAAACAUACAACGACGAUCUUACGGAUACUUUAUCGGAAGAGGUUGAAGAAAAACCUAAAAAGAGAAAGGGAAGAAAGAAAGCAUCAAAAUCUGAUGCAGUGGAAGAGGAGGAAAGCGAGCAAGAAGAAAAGCCAAGAAAGAAAAAGGCCGCCUCUAAACGUAAAAAAGAAGAAAAAAACAAUGCAGAAGAGAGUGAGGAAAAUGAAGAGGAGGAGGAAGAACAACCAAAAAAGAAGAAGAAACAAGCCAAACCUCGUACCUCAAGAAAAAAGAAAUAA